AUGCAAACUGGACUGUCGUGUGAACUCGCGAAGGUUUCGUGUCGGAUCAUUCACACACACGCCACGCUCCACCAUGGCUCUCCGCAUCGCGCACGGGGCCUGGGCGCGCGUCCAGCGCGAGGUGAGGAGCGGAGCCGGCGCCGGCGCGCGCCUCGCCAGCCGCUCCUGCGACCGCGCCGCGCCGCCGCCCUGCGCGCCCUGCCCGCCGCCGCCGUGCGCGUCUGCUGCCCGCCGCCCGCCGGCCGCGCGCCGCCCUGCCCGCCGCCGCCCUGCAGCCCGCCGCUCACCUGUGGCGCUGCGACCGAACCUAUUCCGAAAAAGUGUGUAACGGCCGAGGGCUGCGGCUUCCGCAGGGACCGAGUCGCCGAACGGCUGUCGAUCGCGAAGCGCGAGCGGCGCCUGGACUACGAGCGCGAGGUGGCCGCGCGCCCGUCGAACGUCGUGCCCGCGCCGCCGCCGGCGGGCUACUCGCUGGGCGCGGAGCGCGAGUGCGCGCGCGCCACCGACGGCCGCAACUACGCGCUCACGUGCGAGCGCGCGCCGCCCGCGCCGUGCGGGCCGGGCCGCGAGCCGCCGCCGCCGCGCUGCGUGGAGCUCGUGCGCGACGCCGAGUGCACGAUCCGGCGCGGCGCGCACGUCGACCCCUGCGCGCACGUCCCCCGGACCAUCAUCGACAUAGACCGGAGCGCUCGCCCCGCGGCCCCGCCGGCCGCCCCGCCGCCGGCCUCCCCUGCGCGCGCGUCCCCGGCCGCCGCCCGGCCGAGCGCUCCCGAUCGCUCGUCUCUCAAAACGAACAUGGCUUCGCGAAUUAUGGAGCGGCUCAGCUUGAGUCGAACCUCCGAUGCCUCGUGCCCGAAAAGUUCCUGUGGAGCGAAAUGUGAAACUACGGGUGCGCAUCGCGCCGGUGACACUGGCUGGUGUCACACUCAGCCGAAGCCGAAUCCGGCGAUUCCAGUCUGUCGAGAGCCAAGUUUUAACGAAAAGCUAAAACGUCGAACACCGAGCCGUUGUUCCCAGAAGAAAAAAGAGACCGACGGUAGACGGUCCAUUCAUUCGUCCGCCAGAAGUCACUCUGCUGCACCCUCUGCUCUCGGAGACUGUCAGAAGGGCCAGGACGAGUCAGUGCUUACUUCCCCAUCAAAAAAGACCGCAGACACAGAAUCGUUAAAAAAAGCAUUAAAGGAAAGGGACACUCUUCAAGAAGCUGGACGAGGGCGGAUCGUGACUGAUAAAGGACAAACGCAGAAAGAUGCCCAAAACACAGUCUCUGGUAGUUUGGAUAUUCCCGUCCCCACAGGCGCCCAGAAUGUAAGCAUAAGAGUUUCACUUGAUGGGGCUCAAACUUCAUGUAAAAUAAAUUGUAAGCCCCAAGCCGCCACGGUGAACUGUUCUGGAUCUGAUAAUGCUCCGCCAAAAAGUAAUAAAAACGAAUCCUGGCUCUCGUUAAAAAGUUUCCAUAAGAAACUUGCUGGUUGCCGAAAGAACGAUAGUGUGAAGAUAGCGAAAGACAAGAAACCUGAAACGUGUCCGAGGCCACGACCGCCGACCCCGAAGCCAGCUCCGCUGCCUAAUCCAUGUGAGAUGACACCAGCUGCUAAGCCUGGAAACGGCUCUCCGUCGCCUUCCAAGCAGAGCCCGUGCGCGCCGCCGCCCGCCGCGCCCGCCCGCCGCGGCCCCUGCGCGCCCGCCACUGCUAUCCCCCGGAACCCCUGCACCAAGCCCCAGUCUUCCCCGCAGUGCCCCGACAGCAAAUCUCAAAAUAAACCGACACGAUUCUCAACUGCCGCUUCACACUUCCCAACAGCCGAGACUUUAUUAGUCAAGUGGUAAUUAUUUUAAUGUGGCCGUGUUGUGUAG